AUGUCCUCCGGAUCCCAGCCGUCGUCUUCCUCCCCGCCACCACAACGCAGCGGAUCUAGAGGCGCAGCUGGCAAUGUCGCGAACGAUGCUAAUAUUCGUAACUUCGCUCCAGUCGCGCGCAUCAUGAAGAUGGCCUUGCCCGAGAACGCCAAGAUCGCCAAAGAAGCCAAAGAGUGCAUGCAGGAAUGCGUGAGCGAGUUCAUCUCGUUCAUCACGAGCGAAGCCUCCGAGAAGUGCCAACAAGAAAAGCGCAAAACGGUCAACGGCGAGGACAUUCUGUUCGCGAUGACCUCACUCGGAUUCGAGAACUACGCCGAAGCGCUGAAAAUCUACCUGGCACGGUAUCGCGAAACCCUCAUCGCAAAUCAGAACAGGCCAGUCAGUGGCCACACUGCCAGUGGAGCAGCAGCCACCAGUGCCGGGGCCGUCAGCGGCGCAGGGUCAAAUGCGGCCUCCUCCUCUGCCCACAACCAGCCGGAGGGCGCCAACCACAACCUGUUGAGCACGGAGAUGGAUCCUUCGGAGAUGGACACCACGACGUUCGGCUACGCCGUCGGCCACACCAACGGCAACGGCGCCGCAGACGACUAG